CUUCCAUCAAACUAUCCCCGACUUCACAUAUUUCGCCACAAUUAUCUCUUCAUCUACCUUAUCUAUCUCCUAAUUACCCCGCUGUGAUCAUUUCUCUCCAGAUUUGAUCCAUUUUUGUUGUUAAUUCUUCUGGAUUGACCUAUCACAAAUUUUAUCUCGAAACCCCCCCCCACCCAAAAGUCACAAUGUCUUCCCCAGAAGAGAGAAACGUUAAGCGGCCGAGAACCCAGUCACUCCCGCCACCAUCGCUGCCACGACUCACCGCUGAGCAGCAUGUCCCGAUUCCCGCGACUGACAAGAGCACCCAGCGCCUGAUCGUCGUGCUCUCAAAUGCUAGUCUCGAAACCUACAAGGCCUCGCACGGUGCGCCAGCGAGGCCAGGCAUGCCCAGCCGCGAUGAGAAGUACUCGCUGCUGAACAGCGACGAGCACAUUGGCGUCAUGCGCAAGAUGAACCGCGAUAUUAGCGAUGCCCGACCAGAUAUUACACAUCAGUGCUUGCUCACUCUACUCGAUUCGCCCGUCAACAAGGCUGGUCUGCUGCAAAUAUAUAUCGCUACUGCGAAGGGUGUCCUCAUCGAAGUCAGCCCGACAGUCCGAAUCCCACGUACAUUCAAGCGCUUUGCUGGACUUAUGGUCCAGCUAUUGCAUCGCUUGUCUAUUCGCUCUACAAACUCCCAAGAGAAGCUGCUCAAGGUUAUCAAGAACCCGAUUUCGGAUCACCUCCCUCCGAACUGCAGGAAGAUCACUCUCAGCUUCGAUGCGCCUGUUGUCAAGGUUAGGGAGUAUAUGGAGACGCUGAAGCCAGACGAGAGCAUCUGCGUGUUCGUCGGCGCCAUGGCGAAAGGAUCCGACAAUUUCGCCGACGAGUUUGUGGACGAGAAGAUCUCCAUCAGCAACUUCAGUCUCUCCGCUAGUGUGGCAUGCUCCAAGUUUUGCCACGCUGCAGAAGAUGCCUGGAACAUCAUCUAGGAGACCUUCAGAGCGCCGACGCCGGCAGAAGAUGUCCUCACUAGGGACAAGAUACAAUUCAGUCACGGAGUGCGAGCAUGUCACAGCAAGGGCAUUGGUUGAUAUAAGGUGAAAGCGAGGAUCACUUCGGACGGCCUGAUCAUAACAUCACGCUAGUUUGGGUGGUUAUCGAGCUUGGGUUAUCUGUGUGCUCAGUCUUUGUUUUUACAACCAAAACAUCGGGCGUUCAACAACAGAUCCAGGACGCUUUAGUCGUCUUUUGUGGGCUACUUCAACACGGUCCACAAUUUCCUUUGUCAAAUGCUUCAAGUGCUUCCACUGUUCUGGAUUGUUGCGAUAAGUAUCGCGUUGCUGUCCGUCGAUAUGACGAGAAUACCGAGCAUGAAACCUAAUAUUAGCUUUCGCUUUGGGCAGCAACACCACUAUUUCGUGGGCACCCAGCGCACCUGUACCCAGUUUUGGUAUGCUGGUAUGCUGGUGCCCUCGACUCACUGUCCAACUACAUAGCUAAAUAGCCCGUAGAGACGUCGGACUUACUCCGCGCCAACGGCAAAUAAGCAAGAUAUUCAUGCCCA